AUGGCUUUCAUGUACCAUAAGGUAAUGGAGAUUGAGGAAAAGGAGAGCACUUUGGGGAACAAGAUGAAGGAAGAUCACAAAUCAGAUGCUGACUAUUUGAACAGAUCUCUUGAACACUAUGGUGAGAUGGUUACAAUCUUUAGGAACAGCAUGGCUAUUAGAAAGUUUACAAAGGGAUCGAAUGAGGCUCUAGGUACCGAAGAUGGUGAAACUGAGAUUGAUGACGUGGAUGCCAAUAUGGUUUCUACCACACCUAAAGAUAAUGGGGCAUCUUCAUCAACCAGCAAACCUAACAAUGCCAGGACAACCGUAAAUGAAGAUGAAGGGUUGAUUGCUGCAUUCAAAUCUAUUGGUGAGAAGCUUGCAAAGGCUAUAGUGAAGGCCGAUACCGUGGACAAGGAUGUACCUGAUGAUUUGCGGGACAACUUGAAUAGCCUUCCAGGUUUUGAGGAGACACACAUAUCUUUCUACUACGCUCAUUUGAUUGCUAACCCUCACAUUGCUAGAGCUUUCAACAAGCUACCAUUCAACCACAAGUUAAAUUGGGUUGCUAUGUACAUCAGUGAGAAGUUUUCUAGAUGUUAA